AGAAAAAAACAUUUAUUCUCACAGCACUCAAUCCCAAACGAAAAUAAAAACAAACGCACACAUCACAGAAAUAAAUAGAGAGAAGAAGAUGGUGAAGCAGAACAAUAACGUGGAGAAGCUUGCGUCAAUGGAGCGGAGUGAUCUGAAGUAUAAAGGUGUAAGGAAGCGAAAGUGGGGGAAGUAUGUUUCAGAAAUAAGGCUACCAAAUAGCCGCCAGAGGAUUUGGUUGGGAUCCUACGAUACCGCCGAGAAGGCGGCGCGUGCAUUUGACGCGGCCAUGUUUUGCUUACGUGGCGCCGCCGCCAAGUUCAAUUUCCCCGGUGCUCCGCCGGAAAUCGCCGGCGGAAGGUACAUGACCCCUCCCCAAAUUCAGGCCGCUGCCGCCCGGUAUGCCAAUUCGGACCCGGUUCGACCCUGUUCCACCUCGACUGAAACUUCCACGAUGUUGUCGGAGGAGACUAAAACGGUGAUGCCGACAUCGGCAUCACCAUCACCCUCACCGUCCGAUGUGACUCUUCAAACGGAAUGUGACGUCACAGCCAUGAACGGGUCGGGCUCGGAUAUUUUUACAACAAUAGGGUCGGUUAACCCCGAUUCUAUAUUUACGGGUUUUGAUGAUUUUGGUGGGGAUUUCUACCUGCCAGAGAUGCCGAGUUACGAUUAUGAAGAGGAGAAUUUGGAUGGUUUGAUAAUUGACGACACUUUCUUGUGGAGUUUCUGAGAAGUGUGUGAUUUGCACAACAUUUCACAUAAUUAGAUUCAAUGGGAAAGGGCUAGAAAAGUAGAAAGACAUCAACAAAAUCGGGUCAUGGUAUUCGGAUUGUUUUAUUUUGUAUCCGUACGUACCAUGGAAAGAAUAUGGGGUUGGGGUCGGUUUUUACAAGACCAAAGCCCUUUCUGAUACCUUUUUUUUUUUUUCAUACUACUAUUGUUUCAAUUUUCCGGAGGAAAUUGAUUUCAUUCAUUCAA